UACGUGUCGGCCCUGAAGGGCCACAAGCGGUUCUGCAUGUGGAGGGAGUGCCAGUGCAAGAAAUGCAACCUGAUCGCCGAGAGACAGCGGGUUAUGGCAGCACAGGUGGCCCUCAGGAGACAGCAGGCUCAGGAGGAAGAGCUGGGCAUCAGCCGACCAAUUCCACUGCCCGGAGCCGCGGAGCUGCUUAUCAAGAGAGAGAAUGCAACCCCGAACAGCUCUUGCGCCCUGGGCACUGGAGGGUCCAGCUUGACUUCCAACCCCAACACACCGGUCACUUCCUCAGAGGGACGUUUGCAUCUCCAGGAUAUCCCUUCCAUAACCAGCAGAGGGCACCUGGAGGCCACCCCAGACCUGGUAGUGGACUCUUCCUACUACAGCAACUUUUAUCAGCCAUCUCUCUAUCCAGCUUACUACAACAAUUUAUACAACUAUCCCCAGUACCAGGUGGCGGUGGCAGGAGAUUCACCAGCUUCUGACGUAAGCUCAACACUGGGAGGGACAACAGUGAAAAACAGCCUUCGGGGCCUAUCUGCAUCAUUAGUGCCUGGUCAGACUGGAAACCAGUGGCAGAGAAAUGAAAGUGAUGAGAAGCAAAUGAAGACCGCAGAAAACCGGUUUCCAGGCCAUAACGUGACACCACAGUACAGGAUGCAUUCUUACUACUCUGCUGCCUCGUACCUGGGCCAAGGCCUGAGCACAGCUGCAUGUGUUCCUCAGCUGUUUACUCUGGAAGAUGGUUCUUCUUUCUCAGAUGUAAAAUCCAAUGUAUUUUCACCUUCCAGUAGUCAGGACUCAGGUUUGAUCUCUCUGUCCAGCAGUUCCCCUGUCAGCACCGGAAGCAUUAAACAAGAGUGUGAAUCUGUCACCGAGUCUGGCACCUUCUCUGUUGAUUCCAUUAUUGAAAGUGCAGAGUGA